ACAGCGCUUGGCCCAGCUGCGGUCCUACUCGAGAAACCGUCGCUUGCCUCUAGUACCGGCUUUUCAUAAGGAAUAAACAAACUAAAAGCGAAUUUACGAGUCUUUAUAGUAGAAGAGUAGUUGUCCAUCUCUAUUAUUAUUUUUUUUAUGCAACAGGCAUACAGUGAAACGUCCCACUCACAAUGCCCUCAGUUAUUGGACUACAAAUUUAAGGUGACGUCAUCUCCGGUCGCCUGGCUGUUGAAGAAACAUUCAAAACUGUUGGCGCUAAUAGCUGCUCACCGUGCACUUACUCUAGUGAAGCUAACUGAAUUCAUGAGAAUGGCUCCUAUCAAACUUGUCAUUAAGUGUGGGAACUAUGCUGUGCUGGUGGAUCUCCACGUUCUAUCCCUGGGCGGCCAAGAGGACACUAGCUGGUUCACUACGAGCCACAUCGAGGAGGUUACAACCCUGGUUCAAGAUUCUGUGGACCAGAGGGUUAAGCAGUAUACCGAGUUCCUUCGUAGUAGAAGGCAGCCCAAACAGAAGAAGGAGCUGGCAUCAGCUUCAGCCUUUUCUGUGAAAGGUGAAAAAUUCAACCUGGUGGCCAAUUUUCUGAAGCGACACUCCAGUCUCAGAUGUAUUGUCAAGCAGGAUUUGCGUGUGUUUCCCGAACGAUAUGUUGUGUGUGUGAGCCGUCCAGAAGAUGCCUCAGCGCACCAUAGAAACCCGAGCCUGCCCGCGACUGAGCUGUGCGAACAAAGCAGAUCGGAAUAUUUUUCCAGUGUGGGAGAAACCCAUGAGCCUUUAAACAGCCCCACAAAAACAAAGAAGACUGUGCUUCAAAAGAUAGCCAAACAAGCCAGUGUCCAGCGAGAACUCUGUGGUUCCACUAUGGCGGAGCAGCAGAUUGACCAGAGAGUCGGUGCUGAAAACCAGAGACCGGAACUUCAAGUUGUCGAGUCAGAAUCGGGCUCAGUGAGUCUGUCCAGAUCUGAACAGAAGGCCCUGUCAGAGGCAAACCACAAGGUGCCUUGCUCCAGUGCAUUAACUGUAGCAGGAGCUCUAAUUGGGACUACUCAAAAGCAGAAGCAGCAUGCUGAGAACGAUCUUCCAGACUGCAUCAACCUAAAUAGGACCUCAGCAGGUUUCUGCCAAAAUGAAAUCAGUCAGGAGACCAGCAUGAGCAAGAGGUGCAAGCUGAGUGAUGCUGGGGAAGACCCUCACCCACACAGGGCCAAGAGGACGUGCCUUGGAAGACCUCCAGCCCUAAUGCAAACUUACUCCGCACAAACAUCCAAGCACGACCUCCUUCCUCUGCCACCCCUUCCUCCACUUGAAGCCAAGGCAGAGUCCCAGGCUUCCCCUGUCUCAGAGUGCAAGAAAACCACACUGGAAGUAGAGCUGCUUACUCCAGGGAAACGAGCCCAAAGGCUCUCCCUCACAAGCAAUAACACGGCACAGACAAACCAAAACAGGCUGGCCGCAAGUCUGAGGAGCCUAUCUGUCAAGCCUGCAUCCUCAGGCUCCUCUAUUGGUUCCAGAUCCACACUCGGAGAGGAGUGGAGUGAAAAUGUGCCCAGAACCUCUAGAUUACGACGACUGAAGAGGUCCUGAGGGGGAGAGAGAGACAGGCUACAGUAAAGAUGCCUGACGCCACAGAAAUAGAGAUGAGACUCUGUCAGACUACAUGCUUCCCCCAUGCUGUCCAUGUGGUCUGCUCAGAUGACUUGCAUUUGUGCUUGUGUCACUUUUUACUGCGAUAUCUGUUCUUUUCACAUAUGCUGCACACGCACAGAUCAAAUGCUGAACACAUUAUGGCAACUGAUACAUGUGCAUUUGAGUUACGCUUUGUCAAAUACUUGAAACGGAUCUCUGCCUCCACCCAUAAGUAGUGGUGGUCAAGAGAGGCUCGCAAAUGAAAGUCAAAAACCUUUAAUUGGAGUUAAGAUUUGGUUUUGUGUUAAAGAUUGGGGAUUUCAGACAGGCAGGAGCCAUGCAGUACGUCAUGGCUUUCAGACUCAAAUACUGGCUCCUACGUGUCUCAAAACUGUCCAGUUUACCCGCCGAAGCUCGAGCAUGAUUGAUUGCUGUUUCCAGGUUUAUUUCAUCACCCCAUUCUCAAAAAAAGUGUUUUUAUAGCUAGAUAUUUUUCAUAUACCAGUUAGUUGCUAAGCACCUGAAAACAAAUCUAUAAGUGGAAACAUACUGCGCUGCUUUUUUUUUUUUUUUUUUUUUUAAACUUAACCUAAACCAAAUAUAUGCAGGAAUGUGAUCAGCUUUUAAAUCAGAGGUUGAACAACAGCUGCUGUCACCAGCCCAACGCUUGGUAUAGGUCCUUAAAUCUGCCCACUGGCCCGAGCCCAGAGAGAGAGCCUACUGUCAGCUCCGUUUACAACCCAGUAUUUCUUUCACAACAAAAUGUUGACUGAAAAUUUUACUCCCGUUUUAUUUUACUGGAAAGACAUUUCGAUAUAAAUAAAUUUUCCCCUCAGUCAAAACAAAACAAAAAAAGCCCCAUUUGAAUCAUUGUGUAAAAUUCACAGAGAAUUUUGGGAAAGCAGCCGGCACAGAUCUCAUUGCAUUGUUUUCCUCUCACAGAGUCCAAACCAAAUGCUGCCUGUGGCAGUUCGACAGUGGGGUCUGUCCAAAAAACGAAAAAAAAGCAUUAGUGGUUACAACCUGAGUGUCACGACUAGGAGCCAGUUCAGCUAUCAAAUAGGGCAGAUUAGUGAAACUCGUCCUAAGGUUUUAGUCCCAACAUGUUGAGGAUCUUUCUCAAGGGGUGUUGUAAUCUCUCGUCUUUGUUUUAAUUCUGGCAAGAAGAGUUUGCCCAAAAAAUAAAGAAAGAACAUAAUAAAUCACUUUUACUCCACAGCUUAGGGUUCUCCAGCCCAACUUUUUUUUUUUUUUUAAAAGCUUGUUACAGUAUCUUAACCAGACCAUCAAGGGCUACAAUAUGUGAGUGUUAUGAAUACUGCGUCUCCAGGACUCGACUAGGAAGCCAUUAGCUGUAGUUCCCACGCCACGAGAGAUCUUUAAUAUGCUCCAACACGUUUGGCUCAAUGCAUCAGACUCGUCACUCUCUCUCCAGAACAGAGACAACUUUAAUUCUCGUUUCAUACAAAAUAUUUAAUAAAUAUGACUUUCAAAAAUAUAUUGCCAGAUCAACACAUAAUUCUCAAGUUCAUAACACAAAGUCAAAAAAAAAGGAAAAAAAAAGGACAAAGUGUUGCCACGAUCUCAAAGGGUUAACAAAUGAGAUAAAACAUGUUUGUCUUUAAGAGCCUCAAUUUUUAAAAAGAAACAAAUGUGCACAGAAACAAAGCGGACUCUUGCAGAGCAAGGCAGUGUAUUUAUCUGAUACUACAGUGUUCCCAUUGCUCCUCUACUGUUCAAGUACUCACAGUCUAGCUUAUGAUAUUAUGCUGACUAAAGCAGAUGGGAAUUCUGGCGUGCCAUACUGAUGUGACUUGCCUUGCAACUUGGUUGAUUUCGACAGCCUUUGAAAUAUGUCUGGGUUAAACUGAAGCUGCUGAAGAAUUUUUGUUCCCUUAAGUAUUUAUCCAUUAGUGGCAAGCAAUGUGUCUGCCACCAUGUCCAACCCUUGCAGCAGCCGUGAUCUUUUGUUGUCCUAACCUCACUUGUCUACAAUUAAGGUCCUGGCAACAAAUAAUGAAAUGUCCAACGUGUGUAUGGGAGGGAAACAAAAAUGAAGUGUUUCUUUCAGGGCCAAAGCACCCAUCUUUUGUCAUCUCUGAAAUUUGGCUUUUAUUGAAUGCAUUGGAAACAAAACAAAACAAAAAAAAACCUUGAAAGAAAUGGUAGGCUUCCACAGCUAUCAAAACCUUCAAACUAAACUGAACGUAUAAAUAAAAAGGAAUGAUAUCUUAAGGCUCUUGAUUAUUAAGUUAAUAAAUCAAAUAUACACAAUGAUUAAUAAAAAAAAAAAUGUACAUAUCUACACGUUCUAAAUUGUCACAUAAAUUCUUCAUAUUGACAGCAACUGCUGACAUCGAACCCCUUUCAUCUCCCUCCCCACCCAACCCUAAAAAUAAAAAUAAAUAAUAAAGUUGAUCUUUUUUUUUUGUCUCAUUUGACAGUUGCUGAAGUCUAAAACUGAAAAAGCACUUCCUCCAAAUAGAACUAGAAAAAAUUCAAACACAUACUAAAAAUAAUUAGCUCUAGUGUUGAACACGUCGGGUAGUUUAAACUCAUUGUACA